CAGAAAAAUUCCUACUUUAUGAAACAAUUGACAUAAUUUUUUCUAUAGGAAUUAAUAUACAUACCAUUUCAUUUAUCAUGACUUCCCUAACUAUGAUAUUACUAUCCUGUGAAAAAAGGAGGCCUCAACUUUCACCGCCGUAGCAGCAUCUUGGAGAAUUAACGCAUACGUUUAUGUUGCACCGGCCGAUCCAUCUUCCCCCCGUAGGCCGGCUAUAUAUACGGGGUGCAACUCCGAGGAGCAAAACACCACAGGAUAAUUACCCAGCAGAUCAUCAUCAUCACAUUAACGCGCCUAGCUAGCUAAACGCGAAGCGCUAAUGGCGAUCGUUUACGUGCUUCUGGUGGCGCUGAUCACCGCGGCGUCUCAUGCGCCGGACGGCGCGCACGGCCAGACGUGGCACGGCGACCUCGCCGCGCUCGCCGCGGCCGGCAGGCUCCGCAGCGACCCAAACGCCACCCUGGCGGCCUCCACGGACUUCGGCAACAUCACGGCGGCGCUCCCGGCGGCCGUGCUGUUCCCGUCGUCCCCGGCGGACGUGGCCGCGCUCCUCCGCGCCGCGCACACCACCGCGGCAUGGCCCUACACCAUCUCGUUCCGCGGCCGCGGCCACUCCGUGAUGGGGCAGGCCUUGGCCCCGGGCGGCGUGGUCGUCGACAUGCCCUCCCUGGGCGGCCCGUCCUCCGCGGCGCGCAUCAACGUGUCGGCGGACGGCCAGUACGUGGACGCCGGCGGCGAGCAGAUGUGGAUCGACGUGCUGCGGGCGACGCUGGAGCGCGGCGUCGCGCCGCGGUCGUGGACGGACUACCUCCACCUCACCGUCGGCGGCACGCUCUCGAACGCCGGCAUCAGCGGCCAGACCUACCGGCACGGCCCCCAGAUUUCCAACGUCCUGGAGCUGGACGUCAUCACCGGCUACGGCGAGAUGGUGACGUGCUCCAAGUCGCUCAACGCGGACCUGUUCGAUGCGGCGCUGGGCGGGCUGGGCCAGUUCGGCGUGAUCGUGCGCGCCCGGAUCGCGCUCGAGCCGGCGCCGACGCGGGCGCGGUGGGCGCGGCUCGUCUACACCGACUUCGCCGCCUUCUCCGCCGACCAGGAGCGGCUCGCCGCGCCCGGGCCCGACGGCGCGUUCGGGCCGAUGAGCUACCUCGAGGGCGCGGUCUACGUGAACCACAGCCUGGCCGCCGGGCUGAAGAACUCGGGCGGGUUCUUCACCGACGCCGACGUCGCCAGGAUCGUGGCCGUCGCCGCGGCGAGGAACGCCACCACCGUGUACGUCAUCGAGGCGACGCUCAACUACGACAGCGCCACGGCCGCGUCCGUGGACCAGGAGCUCAGCUCGGUGCUGGCGACGCUGAGGCACGAGGAGGGGCUCGCGUUCGUGCGGGACGCGUCGUACCUGGAGUUCCUGGACCGGGUGCACGGCGAGGAGGUGGCGCUGGACAAGAUCGGGCUGUGGCGUGUCCCGCACCCUUGGCUCAUCGUGCUCGUGCCCCGCUCCCGCAUCGCCGACUUCGACCGCGGCGUCUUCAAGGGCAUCCUCCAGGGCACCGACAUCGCCGGGCCUCUCGUCGUCUACCCGCUCAACAAAUCCAAGUGGGACGACGGCAUGUCGGCGGUGACGCCGGCGGAGGAGGUGUUCUACGCGGUGUCGCUGCUCUUCUCGUCGGUGGCCAACGACCUGAAGCGGCUGGAGGCGCAGAACCAGAAGAUACUGCGGUUCUGCGACCUCGCCGGGAUAGGGUACAAGGAGUACCUGGGACACUACACGGCCCACGGUGACUGGGUCCGCCACUUCGGCAGCAAGUGGCAGCGCUUCGUGGAGAUGAAGGACAAGUACGACCCCAAGAGGCUGCUCUCCCCUGGCCAAGACAUCUUCAACCUACUCCUUUGAGUAGAUGCAAUUUAGUUGUUACUACUUGUGGAUUAACGUGUGGACAGUAACACAGCAGUUUAACUUUAAUUUCCCGUUUUUACUCAUGCAAUAGCAAAUUUGAUAGUAGGUUGUACGCUAAUAAUAUGCUCUGUCGAGCUUUAAUCUCCACAUGUACCCGUUAUUAAUAGUACUACUGUAAGCAAAAGUGUGAACAAAGCUCCAACAAUGUACACUUUGCCAGAUAAAUGUUUCAUUUGAGCUCA